AUGGUGGAACGAACUACUACACUACUUACCAACGCGAAAUACUUUAAACAUCGUCUCUCUGACAAUACCAAACACGACACGCCCACCAUGCCCUCCCCACCACCCACGCGCGAAGAAGCCCAGCGCCGCCAAACCGAAGCGCGCGCAGCCGUCACCGCAUCCCUCGCCAGCGUCGGCGCAUCCGUCGACAACGAGAUGCGCACGCGCACCGCCGACCUGCACGCCAACUCUGCCGCAAUCGCAAAGCAGGAAAAGGAGCUAGCGAAGCAGACGGCGGCGCUGGCGAAACAGACUGCCGAGUGGGAUAAACUGCUUCAGGGCGGCACGAAGAAGUUGAAUGAGGUGGGAGAUAUUCAGAACUGGGCGGAGAUGAUUGAGAGGGAUUUGUUGGUGUUGGAGGAGACGGUUAGGUUGGUGGAUGGGAAGGGGAGGGAGAGGGAGGAGUCGGCGAGUGGGACGGGGGGUUGGUAG